GACAGACAUUAUGCACCCAAACAUGAACAGCGUUUUCACUCUGUCGAUGUGAGAUGGGUUGCAACCAACGUCCGGUGUCGGUCUAUGAUGCUGCACAUGCGCUGAAUGGGCGCCGCGGAAAACACAUUGAGGGAUUUCCAAAGACAUGGCGGCCAACAUCGAGCAAAUUUUUCGCGAUUUCGUAGUAAAUAAGAUAAAAGAAAUUGAAGAUGAGAGUCAAGAUAUCAUUCUGACAGAUGAAGGCCAUCCCAAUGGUAAAACUGCAGAAGGAGCAGAUGGGAUCAACAACACACAAGAUAAAGAUGGUGUAGCCAAUAAGGAAGAGGGUGAUGUCCCACAAAAGAAACACAAGAAGCACAAGAAACACAAGAAACACAAAAGCAAAAAGAAGAAACGAAAGGAAGAGAAAGAGAGCGGCUCAGAAUCAGCAGCAGACUCUGAUGGAGACAAGGCAAAGACUGGGGAAGAGGAUGACGGGAGAUCCAAGCGGCAUAAACGACAUUCUGGGAAGAAGAAGAAAAAAAAGCAGAAGAAAGAUGGUGACAAGUCCAACAGCUCAUCUGGGUCGGAGUCUGAGUCGAAGCCUCAGCCUGGGAACAAGGAGAGCAAACCUCAGGAUCUGCCUGAUAUCAUCCCUAAACUAGAGGAGAAGUGUCCGGAAAAGUCCUCCAGAUGCUCACGGUCUCGUUCAGGCAAGCGCAGGUCCAGAUCCAGGGACAGGAGAGGGAGAUCCAGAUCGAGGUCCGGUAGAAGACGUGGCGGACACACACGUUCCAGAUCACGGCACCGGAGGUCCGGGUCACAUUCUAGAAGGUCUGGGUCUGCUAGGAGAGGCAGGAGAACCCGGUCAAGGUCCCUCGUGAUCUUGAAGAAAGACAGACGGUCUAGAUCGAGAUCCAGAAGGCGAUCGAAAUCUAAGACGAGAUCUCAGUCGAGUCACCGAGAGAUGAGUUCAGGAUCUCCCUCUCCUUCCAGAAACAACAAAUCCAAAUCCAGGUCUGCCUCAAGAGACAGCCAAUCGGCCGAGAAGGAUCCCUCUGCUGCCCUGGCUGAAGAUGAGUCUGCUGUGAAAGACGAAAACGUAAUGGUUCCUAUCGAUCCGCCAGCCUUAGCUUCCAAAAGCAGCAUUGAGGGUGUUGUCAAUGUGGCCGCUGCCUCUGGAGGAGGGUGGAAGCCAAUACCCUUCUUAGGGGACAGCAGUAAGGGAGAGCCAGCCGUUUCCUCCCAGCCCUCAGAAUGUCUGACGUCUCCACAGAAGUGCCCUAUUCCUCCCGAGGUGCCUUCAGGUGAGCAGCAUGAGGCCUCCACUGACCACCAGUCAACGUCAGCAUCUGAUCUGAACCUCAACAGCCAGCCAACUGGUGAGCCAGGGGAAUCGGAUGGACCUGUUACUUCAGAAACCUUGGAUGGCUCUGAAGAUUCCUUACCCCCCAAAACGGAUGCUGGUGGAGGAGAAGAGGUGACACCUCAGGGUGAAGAGCUGCCUGCCUCUCCUCAACCUAAACCACAGCCAUCAUCUGGAGAGGCCGAGACGACAGAGAAGGAAGGAGAAUCUUCAAAGUCCAGGUCUCCUUCAAAGAGGAAAAAGUCAAGGUCAAAGUCUCCUGGUCAGAAGAAACGCUCUGAUGCAAAGUCCUCCAAGAAGAGGAGGUCCAGAUCCAAGUCUCCAGGGAGGAAAAGGAAAUCGAGGUCCUCGUCGCCAAGCCGCAAGAGGAAGUCCAGGACGCCGUCUCGGAGGAAGAAGUCUCGCUCAAAGUCCGGGACGAGAAAGAAAAAAUCACGGUCCAAGUCCAGAACGCGGAACAAGCGCUCAAAGUCUAGGUCACCGAAAAGGAAACGGUCCAAGUCACGGUCUCCUGCUCGGAGGUCAAAGAGGUCAAGGUCACGCUCUGGUUCGCGGCGGAGGGGUAGGGGUGCAUUCGGCAGCCACCAGCUGAGCCAGAGGGACCGCUGGAAGCGUGAGCCAAGCCAUUCCCCAGUCCUCAUCCUCCGCAAGAAGAGGUCUCCGGCACGCACCAACCGCGACACCAGCAAAAGCCCGCCACGACUCACAGAGCUGGAUAAAGACCAGUUACUGGAGAUUGCUAAGGCUAAUGCAGCCGCCAUGUGUGCCAAGGCAGGGAUACCCAUCCCAGAGAGCCUGCGACCCAAAGCUGUCCUCCAGCUGCCUUUACCCAGCCCCAACAACCCCAUGUCCUUCUCCAUGCCCAUGAAUAUGAACAUGCCCAUGAACAUGUCUAUGAACAUGCCUAUGAGCAUGACCAUGAAUGCAGCUAUGGCUAGCAUGACAGCUGCCACAAUGACUGCUGCCCUGGCUAGUAUGGGAUCUAUGGCCUCCAUGCACCAGAUGGCUCCGCUCCCCAGCAUCACCAACAAGCCCCCGCCAGGUCCCCCCCAGCCCAACAUGGCCACCAUUGAGGAUGUGAAGAGGAAGGUGGCCAAGCAGGCAAACAGCAUCAGCAUCAAGGAGUUCACUGACAAGUGUAAGAAGAUUGUGGAGAAGGGAGGGGAGCUGGCCCUCGCUGAACCCCGUAUAUCUGACGAUGAGGACGACGGCAAACCGUUUGGACGAGCCGCCCUGAGGGAGGUCAAGGGCAUCUCCUUCAGCCUCAAUAACGCAUCCGUGCGUCCAUCUCCGGCGUUGGUGGUUCGGAGCGAGGCGGCGUUCGCCAAGGAGUUCCCCGUGUCGUCGGGCUCCCAGCACAGGAAGAAGGAGGGCGACGGGGGAGGGGCUUACGGAGAGUGGGUGACCGUCGACAAGAAGGCGGAAAAGGCCAAGGUGGCGGCGACCAAGGCAUUGGCAACGGCUGCUAAGGAAACUUCGCCUGGGGAUGCGCCUUUGUCUGCGGUGUCCGUGGCAACGGAGGAGCCGGCGGUCGUCAAGGAGAGUGAUAGUGUGUUUCCGGAGCCGCCGCUACAGCCUGUAGACAUCACCCAGGCAGUCGGUGAGAGGAUGAAGGCCCAGAAGCGUCUGGCUGAGAACCCGUACGACAUCAGCGCCAUCUGCAUGCUCAGCCGUGCUCAGGAACAGGUUCUACUGGAGCAACGGUGCUCAGCUCAGAGGAGCUGUCCAACAGCGGACCACAGGCCUGGAUUAAAAAGGUACCGUCCACUGUCUUACCUGCUCCCCACCCCAAACAUACCACCCCACUACCCUACAGGUGUCUGCAUCGCCCAUGCCCACUGGUGUACCCACUUCACACGCCUUCCUCAGCCUGCUUCCUAAUCACCACCCAGCCCUAGUCAAAUAACUGAAUGGCUGUACGUAUAGAGCCAGAGACAUAUACUGCAUAAAGUUUGACAAAUGUUCUGUUGAUGAACACACUGGGUUAGAAUGGAGUAGUUCCACUGUUACUCAGUGAAAUCCAGGUCAGAUGUAACGGCCCCGAAACGUGGGGUCCACUGCUACCAUGGCAACCCUUGUCAGCGCUAAUGCACAUAGUUUACUGGUGUGUGUGUGAGUGAGCAUCUGUCUGUAUUGUGUGUUUCUGUCUGCGUCAGAAAAAGAUGCUCUGGCGGUAAAGGAAGCCUCUUGUUUAUGUUGCCUGAUAUUUGCACUGCAGUUUGUAACAGUGGUAACAUAUGAACCCAGACCUUAAUCUUUAAUCUGACAUACAGAGAUGAACAAAAAUCUCCCUGCACUUCAAUCACCCCCCACCCCUCCCCCGCAACACACACACACAUUCUGACUAAUUACAUUUCCUGUGAAGUGGGUACACCAUGUUAAGGGUAGUGAUGCAGAUUCCUUACAUGUGACAUUCUUACCAAAGCAGGCGCAAAUGCAGUACUGGCACCCGGCUACUAGUGGUGCUCUGGUCUGACACCCGGCUACUAGUGGUGCUCUGGUCUGUGCACUAAAUAGAGUCCCCCUCGGAGUCGGAAUAGGGACUUGGAGAAUGAAAGAGGGAGGGAGGGGAGGAAGAGGAGAGCUGGAAGUAAUUCUGCAGACCCCAGAACCCCCCCUUGUCCUCUAGCACCCCAGGGCAAGGCAGAGAUUAUGGGUCCGUCUCAGUAGUCUAAAGAUGCUUCCUCGUCUCUUUCCUUGGAUUCACACUGAUGUCAGAACAGGGGAAAGGGAAAAGCACUAUUAUUUUACUUAUCCUGCCUUUUCAGAUCAGGUCAGAUGUUAUUGGGGACGUUAGGUGAGGAAGUGACUUUAGACUAUUCAGAUGCACCCCAAGACCGGUUACUAUAGUCUCUACCGUCACGCUGUCUCCCUAUCACUCCCCCACACCCAGUCACACCAAAUGUCAUCAGGCCCAGAGAUAACCAUAGUCGUUUGUCCUCUGUCUAUGGACCCCGUCUGAACCCUCCAACCCUGUAGUGUUUCUAUAGUGGGCUGUUUGAAGCCAGUGGGUGUAACUGUACCCCAAGCCUCCCUGAGCUCUGUAAACACACAGGGGGCUACUGUUGCUGUUUUAAACGACACAUCCUGAGGAAUCUCUCUUUCUUUGGUUAAGUAACACAUUGUCACAUUUAGCUAUAGAGGGAGUGAUGGAUCUGCUGAGUUCAUUUUUCAUUUAAUACGACAUGUCCUUCACAUGCUGAUGCUAUGGGCAGAUGUCAUGGACAUGUUCAGAGACGUGAUAUAGUGAUGAGAGUGCAUUGAUCAUACUAAUGUUAGUGACAUGCAUUUUGCUAGCAUUACAGCAGCUAACAUUGAUUUACAGCACGCUAGCAUUACAGCAGCUAACAUUGAUUUACAGCACGCUAGCAUUACAGCAGCUAACAUUGAUUUACAGCACGCUAGCAUUGCAGCAGCUAACAUUGAUUUACAGCACGCUAGCAUUACCAGCAUAUGGACUGUGUUGUUUGUGUGGUUGUUGGGUGCCCCCAGCAACCAGUCCUGAUGCAUUCCGUUUCCCAGUAGAUGAGCGGGGUAUAGUUUUAGACCAGUCAGUGGUCUCCAACCCUAGUCCAGGCUGUUCAGGAUUUUGUUCCAUCCCAGCAUAGUCGUAUAGGUUAGGGCUGUAACAAAAACCUGCACAUUAGCUCCAGGACCACAAUUGGAGACCACUGCCUGAGGGAGAUCUCUGUUCUGAGGGACUUAGGCUAGUUACAGGUGUCCAUGGACAUGCCUGUGCUCUUUCCCUUGCCCUGGGGGAGGCUGCAGUCAGAAGUUGCUCCUAGUCACAGAUCUAGGAUCAGCUUCCCUUUCGCAAAUCCUAACUCCAAGCUGACCACGUGUCUAGGGGCAACUUCCUCCCAGUCCUUGGGGCAGCCCGAUGAAGGGGGUCGAUAAGAGGGGUCUGGAUUGGAGCAGAGGGAGAGAGGUGUGGGUUCACAGGGGUGACCUGUGAACUUUCACCUCUCUGUGUAUUGGACACUUGUUUCAGGGUCAGUCCUUGUAGCUGUCCUUGUUGCCAUGGCCACAGUCAGGCCCCCCUCAUUUCCUGUCUGAUGCUGGGCCGGUGAUGAGGGGCUAGGUACGUACACCACACAGCGCCUUACUAUACAUCUUGUGUAACCGUGUGUGUGUGAGAGAGAAAAUGUGUGUGUGAGACAGAAAGAAAUGAGGUGUCAAGGCACAGCACCCUCUUAUUUACCUACAUGUGGUAUAAUGUGUGAAGAAAUGUCUCUUGGCUGUAUCUUGAGUUUCACCACAGAAUUUAUUUAAUUUCAUCUGUAUUCUUAAUGUGUUUUGAAGUUUCUCUAGAAAUGUUCUCUCAAACACACGAUUUUCAAAAGCUGCCACCACAGUUAUUUCUAGUGUUUCACAUAGGGGUAGAGGUUACUACAGACAGAGUAACACACACACACACACUCACUGUUAUCCAGAGGCAUGUGAGUUGUCCUGAAGGUAGUCUCUAACUCAAGUCUGACUGUGACAGUGGUGUGACUGGAUGAGGUGGUUGAGAUGUUUAAGGUAGAAACUAAUGAUCUGCUUUCGCCUCUGCCUCUCCCUCUUCACUCUCUCCCUCUUCCUCCUCACUCCAUGGUUCUCUCUUCUGUUAUUCUCUUCUCUUUCUCCCUCCUCUCCUGCCACUCUCUCUCUCUCUCUGUAGGACCAGUUCUUGCGAGCAGCCCCGGUGUCGGGAGGAGUAGGGGAGU